CUGCUCGCUUUUUCCCUCAACGCAAAGCAGUGUUCGCCGUCAGCUUCGGAAGGCCGCCCGGACGGCGGAGUGGACGCCGACGUGGACAUCGCAGCAGGCACGGAAGAAGACACGUUUUGGUCACGCGAGAGCGGGGAAACGGCGCUGAGCGACGACGGGCAGCUGCUUGGAGUGCAGCGCAUAGCCGAGGGACAGCUGGUCGAAAACGACGGAGGCUGCGGUGCCGGUGGCUGGUCCGGCGACAUGAUGAUGUCUUCUAGCCUUGGAAGCACUUGUGCCCUAUACUGGCUGUGUUUCUUCGAAAUUCACUACCCUUCGUUUCUGCCUUGGAACAACUCACGCGACCUCAAAGACGAACCGACCAAUUCGUACCUCAGCAUCGCGUCGCUUCGUUAUGCCCUGAGCAAAACCGUAUCGAUUUUUGGAACCCGACCGACCCGUAGAUGGAUCUUCAUCGGACGGUUGAACGGAGGGACGGACAGAGAGAGCGCCUCGAUGCCGCACACGCGCGCAAUCAAUAACGCAUUCGCCGGUACAGUGGUCGACGUACCUCCGGAUGCCGCAUCAGGUCACUGUCCAUCGUUGGCCAUUAAAUCUGGUGAUUUAACCCAGUGGUAUUAA